AGAGAGGACAAGUAAGGUAAUCACAUCCACCCAGCACAGCCCCCAUCUAGAACCCCUUGACCCCCUGCCUGAUAUCCCCAUUAAAAACUUUGGUGCCAAGAAAAUGACAAAUACACCAAAAGAAAAAACGGGUCGGUGAUAACGCCCAGCACCCACCCACCUGGCAAUCCCUGCUUCAAGCACACUAACUACAACAACCCUACCCUUCACACAAUCCCCAUUUUCUUUCUUCUUCCAUCACUUUCCUUCCAUUUCCCCUCAAAAUUUUCCCAGGAAACAAACACCAUGCUUGAUCCCAACACAAACACACAUGAACACCCUUUCCUCUUCAACAGCGGCGCCGACGACCAAAUUAAAGGGGACACAACAACCUACGAUUCUUGGCAGGCCGUAAAUUACGCUUCCCGGGCUCAGAAAACUGCUCAAAAUUAUGCAAACUACAGGAGUUGGAACAGCAUGAACGCCCGUAUCAACGUCGAUACUACUCCUGCUGCCCCCUAUGAUGAGUCUGACUCGCCGCCGUUGUGGAAGACGACGAACCGCGUGAACAACUACCGGAGUCUUUCCCCGACUUCGAGAACGCAAGCGAUUGCCAGAGGACAGAGGGAGCUGAUGGAGAUGGUGAAGAACAUGCCCGAGCCGUGCUAUGAGCUUUCACUGAAAGAUCUCGUCGAGCAUAAGUAUAGGACAAUGGGUGGUGCAGAAGAAGAUCGAGAUCAAGAGGAAGAAGAUGAUAAUAGAAGUACUGAGAAUUUGAUGAUCAGGAUGGGAAAUGGAAACGGAAGCGUAAACGAAAGGAAGAACAAUGGUGCGAGAAAGAAAAUGGUGAUGAGGAGUGCGAGUAUAGAUAGUGGGGGGUUUCUUUUGAAGAUGGUUUUGCCAAUUUCUUUGGGGGGUAAGAAGAACAACAACAAGAGCAUUAAGAAGAAGGGUGAGUGUUUGGCAGUGGGUGCAAAUAGCAAUAAUACGAGUGCGAAGGUGUCUCCAAAGCCUCAGGGGGUAGAUGGAUCUGUGAAGGGAGUGGGUGUGGAUAAUGAAUGGUGGAAGAUGAAGAGAGUUUCUGUAUCAGAAAGGAGUGAAAGUGGUGUUUCUAGCAUCAAUAGUGGGAGCAUGAAAAGCAGCGGCAGCAGUAGCAGCAGCAGUAGUUGUAGCAGCAGAAGCAACAGCAGACGCAAGAGUCGCGGCUGCUGGUCGUUCAUCCUGCUCAAGAAGAACAAGAGGAAGGAUUGAAUGGAUUGCCUUGCCUGCCUUCUAGAUACAAUACAAACUGGAGAUUAAUAUUUAAUUAAGUGUUUAAUUAAGUGUUUGUGUAAUUACGUCUCAAAUAAAAAUAUGCUUUAGAGAUAUAGUCGAAUAUUGCAAAAGAAAAUUUGCCGUUGCUUGUGUA